UUCUCGCGCUGGUGGACUACGCCGACCGGCAUGCCCCGCGGGCCUGCGGAUUGACAGCUGGCUCGGCCACACAGGAGGCGGCAGAAUUAGCCAAUCAUAAUCAGGGUUGCGUCGAUCCGACCAAUCCGCCAGGGGGAAGGGCGGGGCAUCGCUUCCUUGGGACAAUGGCAGGGCUGCGUGUGAUUUAACAGCGCUCAGAACUCGGGCAGGGCAAUGAUAUCAGCAGACUCGCUCUCUUCAUGGAGCAACAGGAAUCUCCAGACUGCAGUCACUCUGUCCAAUGUUCGAGUCUGUCCUGGACCAAGCAUCCGCAGCAGCUCCGUUCCCCGAUGAACACCAGGGCGAUCCUUUAUUCACCAGUGUGAUCUGUUCAUCAGACAGCCUCCUGUUUGGGGAGUUUCUCUGGCUGUUUGUGCUAUGUGGAUUGCCCAGGUUCCUCAGUGUACCAUGAGCUUCAGCAGCUCUUUCCUCCUGUUGACUGCAUUCACUCACACUGUGCAUAGUCGCGAAACCGCAAGUAUCCAGCACCCCCUGAUGAAUAUUUUCAAGUUAUCGCCACCCCUGUCGCUCAUGAAGGCUACAACGGUAAAAGAAUUUCGAGGUCCGACAAGUUCAUUCGAUUUCCAGCAGCAGCUGAACAGAGUCCUUGGAUGUGGGUGCAGGACACAUCUGGAUAUGCCAGUCGCUGCUGGCAUUGACCACUCGGCAGCUGUUUUGGGGCAAGAUUUGAUUGUGAAAGUUGGCGAUUCUGUUGCAUAUUGUUUGGAAGAUCGGAGCUCACCACCACUACAGCACAGACUGACGGCAGAUUCCUUAGGUUUCAUAUUGUAUGAUGAUGCAUAUACCCAAUCAGUUAUAGAGUUAAAGAUCAUGUCACAGAAACAACAGCAUCAUCCUUUGACUUCAGCAGCCUCAGGAAGCAUGUGGAGCCAAUCAGUGUUCUUCUCACUUGUGUCCUGGACCGAGCCAAUUGAAUCCCUAAUAAAAGAGAUAUUGUCACAGUCCCCACCAAAGCACAGAAACAUUGAAAGCAUGGCAGAUCCUUCACCUUUCAACCUGACUUUUCAGAAAUGUGCUGAGGUGACCGGAAAAAAUGAAUCCCAGAUAGUGACUGUGAGGCUGAUAAUAAGCAAUUUGGCUGUUCAAUCUACAUUUAACAUUUCUCAGCUUACUAUCCGAGAUACUAUUCAUGGUCUAAGCAUUCAGAGUAACAUGGGAAGAGAAACAGAAAUAGGAUUCCAGACAUACACCAAGGAAUUUCUUCAAGCUGGUGAAUACUAUAUAAUAAACUAUACUGCAGUAUUAAAUGCUGGAGAGCCCCAGGAUUGGAGGACUAUUUCAUUACCAGCCUACCUCAGCUUCAGCAAUGGAUCACAGGAUGGUCAUAUUCAGAUUGACCCCCUGGUGGCAGACUUCACAAUGACUAGGAAAGCAGUUAUUCAGGUUUCUCCAGAUCAUGGCACCCACUCUCUUGGGUUUAUUGUUGCAUUCAUUGUUUCUUUUACCUUGGUGUGUUCAAUUCUCAUCAUCGUCCAUGUCAGAAGAGUCAGAUAUCCUCCUUUGCCGCAGGUGGAAAGAAACCAGUCUGAUUCUGUUUGCGUACUAAUUAGCGAUGGAGCAGAGCAACUCAAGGAAAAGCUCCGACUCGAGGAGAAAGUGAUUGACAUUUUGGUGCUUGAAGAUCCACAGAACAUGACUCAGGCUUUCAAUGACUUGCAUGUGUUGAACACAAUACAUGUGGAUACCGAUGUGGAAUAUUAUCGAAAAAGAAUGAACAUUGAUGCCAUUGUGUUGUUGCUCAGGAACUUCAAACCUGAUGGGUUUCUUUUAGAGGAAAGGUUAAACACUGUCCUCAGAGGACAGUUUGAGGAGAUGGAGAGCAGGCUAUGUAUGCAGCACGAUGGGGUGUUGGCUGCAUUAGCAGCUCAAAGUAACCAAGAGAGCAGAGAGAAAAUGGAAGAUCUCUAUGGGAGGCAGAGGCAAGAGGAAGAAGAAGCUGAGCUACUCAUACAGAAUAUGGAUGAAGAGGUUGUCUCUCAGUUCAGGAAGGAUCUGGAACAAUUGCACACAUUGGAGCAGAAACGACUAAAGUACUCGCUUUUGGUGGCACAACAAGAAGCUUCUGGAAAUGCCCAGAGGGAGUUGGUUGUGCGCCUAAGGCAGGUGUUCCAAACCAUCAUCUUUAGCCAGCUGAAGGAGGUCACCAGGCAGGAGGAAUUUGUUGCAACGUCAGCCAGCCAACUUCUGCAUGAAAACUGGCACAUUCAGUUUCAGUUGGAGAAACUGAUGGACCAGCAACUAGCCUUCCAGAGGAAAAUACUCGACGAGGGCUUGGCUCAUAGAAAAAACCUAGCGAACAGGAUACAGCGCAGGGUGAACCAUGGACGCAAUCUCCUGAACACAGCUGCCCUCCACAUUGCAGGCUUUGCCAAUCAAGUGAAAAACACUGGUUACCUAACAGACAGUCAAAUGGAGUCACUCUUGGAGAUGGUACAGCAAGAAAUACUUGUUGUGAAGCAGAAGUUCGAUGAGGUCAUGGAUCGAGAGAAGAAAAUAAUACAUUACAAAUUGAUCAGUGAGAGAAGAGAGCACCUUGUCAGAAAAAUUCAUGAGCAAGAGUAUCAACAAAAGCAGCUGGCAUCUCUUCUCAACACCUCAGGAGAAAGACGAUUUGAUCAUAACAAAUACCUCAUGGAUUGUCAUGACCUGUUAAAUAAUCAACGUGCAGAACUGGGAGAAUUGGUGGAGAAAUUGGAUGAAGAUGCAGUUGACCAAUUGGAAACCCUUCACAUGCAACUUACUGAAAAUACCUCACUAAAAAUUAAAAAAAUCCAUGCUGAAUUUGUUCAAGGGUUGGUCAGCCUUGGGGUCCCGAAGGACUAUUUAAGACAAAUGGCAGAGGAUCAGGAUGAGGAAGUAAACACUCAGCAUGAGAAACAAGAGGAAAAUGACAAACGUAAAUCUAAUGAAUCGCUGGAGAAAGUUAGGGAAGAAUUAUCAAAGCGGCUACGUUCAGAAAUUGAAGAACAGAAAUUCGUACAGCAUUGGAAUCAAUUGGUCUUCCAGAAUAUAAUGAUAAGUCCACUCGUACUAUCUGAAGAAGAAAUCCAAAGGAUAAUGCUGAGUUAUCUUGACAAUUUCUGCCAAAUGUAUAAUAGCUUGGCUCUUCCUAAGCUGCGUGAGAGAUCCAGGGUCCAAGCCUGCCUGACUGACUGGAGGAACGCAAAGAUAAGGAAGUUUGAGCAACAGCGGAAGAAACGGGACAAGUUAAAGACUAAGGAAUUGGGACAUGGCGACCAGAUCAAACUGGCAGCUCUACAGGAACGUACGCGGGUCAAAAUUAAAUUGCACGAGGAAGAAGAGAAAAGAGAUGCUGAAGAAAUGAGUGUGGUUUGUACUGAGCUGCUUCACCAGAGAGCUAAUCAGAUGAAGGACCUGGAAGAAAGCCUGGGCACCUGCAUGGCUUCAGUUCAGCUUUGCAAAGCUGAGAAGCAAGUGAGCGCCCUAGAGAUUCACACUGCCAUUCUCAACCUCCAGACACUGCUGUUAGAAGAACUGAGCACAGCAGGGUCAGUGUCCAUGUCCGAGUGUACCCAGACUGUUCAGGCACACAUUCACGAGCUGGAGCAACUUGUCCGUUUGCAUUCAGAUACCCUACAGCAUGAGCUCGCUAUCCAGAGUGAGCUAAUAGAACAGAACAGCUGGACGUUGACACAGAGCAGACAUCCCAUUGAAGGUGAUACAGCACAAAGCAGCAGUCAAAUGUAUAUCUGUCUGAAGCAGGCCAUGUUCAAGUAUAAAGACCUGAUGGAAGCAGAGAGUCAGAGAUUAAGAGAUGAAGCUAGGAACAAUCAGUUACUUGAAGAUGUCAAGUGGCAGCUGCUGAUAAAGAUGAUGCAGAGUCUCCAGGAUCAGGAGAUGAAGCUGGCAGCUUAUCUCAUGCAGCGACUGAAAGUACCAAUGACUGUGUUUCAGACGCUGCUAAAUCUGCUUCUUCCAAAUGCCACUGAGAAAGAAUUAACUCUGGUUGUAAAUGGGAUCUACCCUGAGAGAAUUCUGAGCAGUAAGAUAAAUGAGGAUAAUGUGGACGAGCAGGGAAAGCGGAGACUUCAGCGGCCAAAGAUGUCACUAGACUUAAAAGUGAGAAACAAGCUCAUUGGUGAAUACCUGGAGAGUAUGCAUACUCCCUGCAGGAAGAAAAGAAGCAUAUUGAAAAGAAAGCGACUCCAACUCAUGAAACAGGUGUCCUUCUCCCACAGCCAUGGUUCUUCGGAAUUCCUUCCUGUUGAAGUUGGUGAUCAUCCCGAACCGAUCAAUGAAGCACUGGGGGAAGUGUUAAACAUGCCAGAUACAGGGGAGAAAGUCUUUAUGUUCCGUAUCAAAGAGGAAGUACCUUGCUCCUCAGAACAUCAACCAAAGAAGAGGAAAAAGCGCAAUUUCCUAAAUUUUAAAAGAUCAGCUGUAGCUAACUUGGAUGAACUUUAAUUAAUUCAAGGAUAGCAUUAUGUUGCCACAUAUAAUUAGCAUUAUGAGCCUUUGAACCUCUGUAUCAUUGUAAUACUUGAGAGAGUAAGAUUUUUAACAGAGUUACAGUUAUAUUUUCCUCUCCUUCCAAAACAGGACAAGGGAAAUGUCCACUUUGAUUAUCAUUUAUAAACUGCUAAAAUUGUGGGAACUUGCUGUUUUGAAACAUGUGAUUUAUGAACACUAACAAAUAUGGCCAAUUGGUGAGGACAGAAAGAACCAAUUGCAAUGUAGUUAUCCUUUGAUGCUUCCCAGGCAGUUAGCCAGCCAAUUAACAGGCAUAAAUGCCAAAUAUUAAUCUACUGCGGUACGGACAAUAAUUAUGUAGAAUGCCUCAGCAACGAUUCAGAAAAUUGUUGUUUAGUCAGCAUGUUUUGAAGGUAUUGGUAACUUCUGCAUUGGAGAAAUGUGAGCAGAUUUUGGCAGCUCAGAGGUUCCUUAAAUAUGCUAACUAAGAGGCAAUAAGUGUGGAAGCUUGUCAUUAAAGAUUUCUUAGAGUAUCGACGACAUGGAGGAUCUUGCAAGAAGUUCAGAAGAAGUUAAACGCUUCAAAGAAGAACUCAACACUAACACAUGGAUGUUACGGAGUGGCAGUGCUGGAUAAAUAUGUGCAUGAUAAGUUGACGCUACUGGUGAUUUUCUCUGCCACCAGUAGUGCCUAGCAAAGAGUUGAGUACAAAUGUUUUUGAUUUAGUUGACGCGAUUAAAUCCCAGCCUCCCUCUGUGAUGAACCUGAGCCUCCUCGAUACAAUAUUUCACUGCUCUGGUGCAGUUGGUACCUGAGUGGUCAUGGGCUGCACGUUUUUGCCUUAAUGUUUGCACUGUUUUCUCAUCCUCAUGUUCUAUUGUGAUAUACCUACCAAUGGCUGUUACACUCAUAUGUUACCCUCUUGUUUGGCAUGCUACUCCCUUCCUUCACCCCUGUGAUAAUGAUUCUAAAUUUUCCCCUUUUAUUAAACUCAAUAAAACCAGGGCCUGAAUUUUUAGCUCAGCGGGCGGACACGAUCGGCGGUCCCAGGAGCUGUUGGGAAACGGGCCGCCCACUGUGAUUGGCUCCCCACCGCGAUUUCACGCUGCCUGACCAUUUACCGGUAUGAUCAGCGCUG